AUGCCUGUUUUCUUGACCCUGACAGAGUUUAACCAGUCUGAUCGCUGUAAACAUUUCUCCUGUCCAGAGAGAUCUGUAUCUCCUGCAGUUUAUGUCCUAUUAUAUGUGUGUUCAGCUGCUGUGGUUCUGCUAACAGUGUGUGGAAAUCUGCUCGUCAUCAUCUCUGUUUUUCACUUCAAGCAACUUCACACACGUACUAACACACUUGUGCUGUCUCUUACUAUGUCAGAUUUUCUUGUUGGUGCUUUUGUAAUGCCACCCAUGUUAAGCUGGACAAUCGAGUCAUGCUGGAUAUUUGGGAGAGGUUUCUGCAUCUGUUUUUUGUUAGUUGGUGGAUUUCUUAUUAUCUUAUCCAUCUAUAAUGUUGCUUUUAUCGCUGUGGAUCGGUAUUUGGCUCUCUCGAAUCCAUUCCUCUACACAAGCACAAUUUCUAGGAGGACUAUGUGCAUUGUGAUUUAUUCUAACUGGUCUUUGUCCCUGCUAUACAACACUGUAGUUUUUUAUUUUAAUGGAAGCUUUACAGGUUCUGUAAUUUGUCCUGGAGAGUGUUAUGUUUUUCUAAAUGAUGUUUUGUCUGUAAUUGACCUUAUAUAUUCUUUUAUUUUUCCAUGUUCUGUUAUAAUCAUUUUUUAUACUCUGGUUUUUAUGAUAGCUAAGAAACAUGCCACUGCUAUUAGAGAGCUUAAUAACCACACACGGCGUAAAACACAAAAAAAAUACUCACACACUGAGAAAAAAGCAGCUAAAGUCCUCUGCAUAUUAGUGGCUGUGUUUCUGGUGUGUUUACUUCCAUAUUUUAUAUAUAAUUUAUUAGGCAAUGUUAUUGAACUACAGACAAAAACUCUUCAUAUAGUCUUUAUUAUAAUUUAUCUUAACUCCACCAUUAAUCCAUUUAUUUAUGCUCUGUUUUACCCAUGGUUUAGGAGGUGCAUUAAACUAAUCAUAACUCUCCAAAUAUUAAACACAGAUUCUGCGUUAAUGAAUGUUCUUUCAUAA